UAUAAAGACCCAGGCUCAGGAGGCUCCACAUCUGCACACUUCCUUUCCACCUGCUCCUCUGACCUACUCCAUCUUCAACCAAACUCCAGAACCAUGACCUGCUGUGGCUGUUCAGGAGGCUGUGGCUCCAGCUGUGGAGGCUGUGGUUCCAGCUGCUGCAAGCCUGUGUGCUGCUGUGUGCCUGUCUGUUCCUGCUCUAGCUGUGGGGGCUGCAAGGGAGGCUGUGGCUCCUGUGGGGGCUGCAAGGGAGGCUGUGGUUCCUGUGGGGGCUGCAAAGGAGGCUGUGGCUCCUGUGGGGGCUGCAAGGGAGGCUGUUGUCAAUCCAGUUGCUGUAAACCCUGCUGCUGCCAGUCCAGCUGCUGCAAACCCUGUUGCUCUUCAGGCUGUGGGUCUUCUUGCUGUCAGUCCAGCUGCUGCAAACCCUGCUGCUGCCAGUCCAGCUGCUGCAAACCCUGUUGCUCUUCAGGCUGUGGGUCUUCUUGCUGUCAGUCCAGCUGCUGCAAACCCUGCUGCUGUCAGUCUAGCUGCUGCAAGCCCUGCUGCUGCCAGUCCAGCUGCUGCAAACCCUGUUGCUCUUCAGGCUGUGGGUCUUCUUGCUGCCAGUCCAGCUGCUGUAAACCCUGCUGCUGCCAGUCCAGCUGCUGCAAGCCCUGCUGCUGCCAGUCCAGCUGCUGCAAGCCCUGCUGCUGCCAGUCCAGCUGCUGCAAGCCCUGCUGCUGCCAGUCCAGCUGCUGUGCCCCUGUGUGCUGCCAGUGUAAAAUCUGAGACUCUGGCCACAGAUCUCAGGCAGCAGAGCUGAUUCCGGUACCCUUUACAGCCUGUCUAUUCCUCUGUUCUGGGGCUCUAUGGUUUUCACACCACAGUUCACCAAAGACACCUCCAACAUGGAGAGAAGUCUAGGGUAUCUCUUACCAAAUGGAUGGACUCCACUCCUGGCCCCAUGUUCACCUCCUUUGUGGUAGGUUUCCUUUACUGUUUCCUCCUCUUUGUAAGUCUAAUCUG